GUCUGAGAGGAAAGGUUCCUUCUGUGCGCUAGUGAUUGACUACCGGAGUCUUUCGUAGAUUUUGUCCAUUAUUUAUACGUCGCCGUGUUGUCUGUUAUACGCGCGCAAUUUCUAUUUCUAUUUCCAAUCCCAACGAACAAACGACCGAACGUAAACGUCAGUGUCAAGUCAAGUCAAGAAGACACAUUUUGAUUGGCAAACGGGCAAAGUUUAAAAAAUAAACGUAAUACAAAAAUUUAAAAAAUACUUAGAGUUUAGACCAUCAACAAAUGUUAGAAACCUUCCACCACCACCGCUGCUGCAAACCACAAAUUAAUCAACCAACAAUUACAACAACCAACGCCAGCGUAUCGUCUACAACAUUAAAUGAAAUAGAACAAAAAGCUCAAACAGCAUUGCGUAUGUACAAUCAACAUUACAGAAUCACUAACUAACAGAGACUCAACGACGGACAAGAGAGGCAGGAGGCAGAAUGUCGAGGAGUGAAACAUCAACGGCCGAAAUAGGCCGAAGUGACCAGGUUUAUGGGCCACCAAUGCACAAGCGUAACAUAUGUUGGAACCCAUACGGAAGGGGCGACAUUCAUGAUAUCUAUUGGAAUCCACCCGCCACCACAACAACUCGUCAUCACCUACCCAAUUGUCCUUGUGAACUAGCAUACGAACAGUCCUACGAAAAGGACCUCAUUUAUUCCAAAAAACGAAUUCGAAAUAUUCGUAUAGUAUUGGGAGUGAUUGGAGCUAUCGUCUUAAUCGGACUCAUUACCGUAGCUGUAGUCUUAGUAGUAAAUAGCAGCGAAGCAAAUGAUUUGCCAUCAGCACAAACCGGAAAUGGUAUUAAGCUAGACGAUAUCCUGACGGGGAAGUUGCAAGCGAGAAGAUUCAAUGGAUCAUGGUCAACGGGAACAAAUAUUAUUUAUAGGGACCUAAAUAACAUUUACGAAUAUAAUGUAGCGAAGGGAAAACAAAUUAAAUUAUGGCACGAUGAUAAGUUACAGUAUUUAGUUUUUGAAAAAUCUGCCGAUGAAAAGUAUUUACUUUUGGGUAAAAAUCAUCUUAAGAUCUUCCGACACAGUUUCCAAGCCGAAUAUGAUAUAGUUGACCUUGAAACAGGGGCGGUCCACCCACUGAAAAUCAAAGGCAAUCAAGAACAUCUCUAUCUAGUUCAAUGGGCACCCAUUGGAAAUGCCCUGAUUAUCAACUUUGAAAGAAAUCUUUAUUACAAACCCACAGCAAUGGACAGUGAUGAAAUUCAAUUAACAACAAGUACAAGUCCAACUAUUCUCAAUGGCAUUCCAGAUUGGGUUUACGAAGAAGAAGUCUUCGGAACAAAUUCCGCAGUUUGGUUCAAUCCAAAUGGCACAAAAAUUGCAUUUAUUCAAUUCGAUGAUUCGCCCACAAAACUAGUCGACUUCCAAUAUUAUGGUGAGGCUGGAGAUUUGCGUUAUCAGUAUCCCUGGAAUCAGCAUGUAGCUUAUCCCAAAGCUGGAUCACCCAAUCCAUUUGUUAAACUCUUCACGGCCGACUUACAAUUGGCCCUCAAAUCGAAUGAUUUCCUCACAGAAGUACCCGUUCCAAGUGCCCUAAACACUCAGAGUCACAUUAUAACCGUGGUAACAUGGUUAAACGACCAAAAUGUUCUCUCAGUAUGGAUGAAUAGAAUUCAGAAUGCCGCUUAUGUUCAGGUCUUUGAAGGUCUUCGCAGGGCCGAGACCUUUAGUAUAGAAUCAAAGACCGGUUGGGUUGAUCUGUUUACGGAACCUCUCAGGAACCGAGAUGGCAGUGAAGUUGCAUUGCUUCUGCCCCAUCGACAGGAAUCAGAUGGAAAUUUCAGGCACAUUAGUCUCUUGUCGACCAAGAAUGCCAAUGGUGCUGUGCUGCCUAUCACUAGCGGAAAGUAUGUCGUAACAGCGGUGCUUCAUUGGGACGCAGAAAGGAAUAUCAUCUUCUAUACGGCCAACACCGAAAAUGCCUCAAAUUCUUUGCAUGUUUAUGCUAUUAAAGCUGCAAAAGACCAAAAGCCACAAUGCCUUACUUGUAAACUUGUUAUUGAUGGUCUCCAACAAACUUAUUUUGGAGCAGAAUUCAGCAAAGAAAAUUAUGUCGUUAUAAGUGCUCUGGGUCCCGGUGUUCCGUCGCACACAAUCUUCGAAUGGUCAUAUACAAAUGGUGAAGUUAUUCUUAAUAAGGUAUACGAUUGGGAGCUCAAUACAAACCUUAAGAACGAAUUGUCUACAGUUUCCAUGCCCGUUCAUGAAGUCCACACCAUUAACAUAGCCAAUGGAUUCACAGCUAAGGUUCUUCUGCAAUUGCCUCCCAAUAUUGAUCGCAGCGGCGAUACAAAAUAUCCCAUGCUUGUUGACGUCUAUGGCGGGCCAGACUCGUACUCUGUAAUCGACAAAUGGAGCAUGGAUUGGGGAACCUAUCUGUCAUCGAAUCAAUCGGUGAUAUAUGCUAAGAUCGAUGGCCGAGGAACAGGUUUGCGGGGUGAUAAUUUACUGCAUUCAAUUUACUUAAAGCUGGGAACUGUUGAAAUCACGGAUCAAAUCGAAGUUACAAAAUCACUGCAUCAAAAGUUGCCUUAUAUUGAUGCUAAUCGAACGGGAAUCUGGGGAUGGAGUUAUGGUGGUUAUGCGGCUGCUAUGGCUUUGGCUAACGAUCAGUCAGGAACAUUCAAAUGUGCUGCUUCAAUAGCUCCUGUCACUGACUGGGCUUACUAUGAUUCCAUUUAUACGGAAAGAUAUAUGGGAGUUCCAGACGAUAACCCUCAAGGCUAUGCCAACUCCCGGUUGAGCACUUUGGCCAUGAAGUUCAAGGGCAAGAAAUUCCUUCUGGUCCAUGGAACUCUGGAUGAUAAUGUCCAUUAUCAACAAGCAAUGGUCUUAGCCAAAAACUUAGAACGAAGAGAUAUUCUCUUUAAGCAAAUUAGCUAUCCUGAUGAAGAUCACGGUUUGGCCGGUGUGAGGCCACAUCUUUACCAUUCUCUGGACAAAUUCUUUGGAGAGUGUUUUAAUAUUAAAAGGCUGAGCAAAUGGGGACGCAAAUAAAACCAAAUCUUAGUUUUGUAGUGUUAAACUAAAAUCAAUUAAAACAAAAAGAAAAAUGUGUUGUUGAGGUUAUACGAAAGCUUAAAGGAUCGUUUUAUUUUUAAAUUAAUCGAGACCUGUACUUAAAGGGAUACCCCAGAAGAUGUUUUUUUGAAAUCAUCCCAUAAGAAAAACAAACAUAACCUACACGCAUUUUGAAGUGUAACAUUUUGUAGUUGUGCCUCUAGGAAAUUCAAAAAUUAUUCAAAAUAUUUAAAUGUAAGAAAUAUUUAAAACAAACAAUAAUAAUUUCUUUUUUUUCAACAAAAAGAAAAUUAACAAAUAAUAUAAAAUUAAAUUAGUGCCAGGAUUUUUACCUCCGUUUUAAUGACCUACCCCCGCGCGUCCAUUUUUAAAUGAAACAAAACAUUCAGUUUUGAUUAUUUUAACCCCCUCCACAUGCAUUUUCUACAGUUUUUAACAAAAAAAAAUAUGUAUUUUCAUUGAAAGGUUAGGAUUUUUCCCUAACUAUUUUUAUGUUUAUUUGAAAAUUUUAUUUUUUUAUUAUUUUGUUAUAUUGUGAAUGUAUAUAUUAAUAUUUUUUGGAUUAAGAUGUCGAUGUAAAAUAAUAAAAAACGUAGGAAAGAAAUAAUAAAUUAUAUUAAAAAACAAAA